UUUCAGAAACAAGAAAAAACUUCAGCACCACACCACCCACUAAUCUUAUAUCCUCCUUCGAAUUACCAAGAGAGAGAGAGAGGGAAAAAAAAAAACCCAUAUCUUCAUGGAAUCCUCAUCCAAUUCUGAGAGUUGUGAGGUCUCUGAAACCAUUUGUAAUGGAGAAGCUGAGCAUCCAACAUCCAAAGGGAUGGCUAUCUCAACCAUACCUCCUCAAUUCAAUGGUUUACUUAGCCCUGAAAACUUUGAUCUCUACCAAUAUGAAGGCUUUUGGUAUCACAACUUUUACUUAGAAGGAGUCAAGUUAGCUCAAAAGCAAUUCAAAGCUCAACCCACUGAUAUCAUCCUCUGCAGUGCUCCAAAAUCCGGUACCACAUGGCUCAAAGCCUUAGCUUUUGCAAUUCUAACACGAACCCGAUAUGACUUUUCUUCAAACCCUUUGCUUGUCACCAUGCCUCAUGACUGUGUUCCAAUGUUGGAGGUAGAUAUUGUCCAAAACCCGGGUAAUCGGAGCCCCGAAUUCCCCCUUCUGUCCACACACAUUCCAUUCUCAUCCUUGCCCACAUCAAUCGUAGCUUCAGGGUCUAGAAUUGUGUAUAUUUGCAGGGACCCAAAAGAUGCAUUUGUCUCUUUUUGGCACUUCAUUGUGAAGGUGAGGCCUGAAAUUGGGUUUCUACCAUUGGAAGUAGUGUUUGAGAUGUUUUGCAGAGGAGUCUCUUACUAUGGACCCUAUUGGGACCAUGUUUUGGGGUAUUGGAAAGCAAGCUUGGAACAGCCUGAGAAGGUACUGUUCUUGAAAUAUGAGGAUAUGAAAAGAGAGGCCUCUGUUUGUGUGAAGAGAUUGGCAGAGUUCAUGGGUCACCCUUUUAGUUCCUCUGAGGAGAGCAAAGGGGUGAUGGAGCAAGUUUUGCAGUUGUGUAGUUUUGAGAAUCUGAGCAAUUUGGAGGUGAAUAAGAAGGGGAGACAUCGAGCCGACACGCCUGUGGCGAUUGAAAACAAUACUUAUUUCAGGAGAGGAAAGGUCGGAGAUUGGAAGAAUCAUUUGACUGAUCAAAUGAUACGGCGGAUGAACCAUAUCACGGAGCAGAAGCUUGGCAGUUGUGGCUUGACAUUUGAUGAUGCACCAGAAGAACCAUGAACUACUCUUUGUCAGAUCAGAAGAGACCCAAGUUGCUUUUAUUUAAAUUGCUCUGUUUCAAGAAAUAAAUUAUUUCAAUUGGGAUUUCUUUUCAUUUAUUGUUCGACAAAAUUAAUGUUCUUAAAUUGUCAAACAAUUUAUGUUUGUUUGAUUCGUUAGUACUUGCUUAUAUUUUGGAUUCACUGAUGUUCUUGCUUAUUUAUGUAUAUGAAAGUGGUAGAGAUGUAUGUAUCUCUAUUUGUCAA